AAUACAAACAUAAUCAGGUCGUUAGGCUUGUCACUGACUAUACCUAGCUUCUCUUUAUAAACACUACCUUGUCCUGUGACAAUAUACUACCAUGGCGUUUGCUGCCCAUUUCGGCUUCUCGCCUCCAACAUCCGGGGCUUUACAGGCACAGCAGUUGAUGUUAUCAACAAAGACAACCGGCAGGCAGUCCUCCCCAGGGGUGGCUGACGGUGGGCGUGGCCUACUUCCUGCAGAUGGACGUGCUGUGUUACCAGGGGAAGGGAUGCCCGUCGGUGCAGCGAUACCGUAUCUUUCACGGAUGGCUGGUUUGCCCGAGAAUGUGUACGCCCAGGCAGCUAUGAGCCCUCCGGGUACCGGGAUCGAGCCCUCAGCCUUCUACGCCCUGAAUGGGGCUGCCCAGGGGUUAUCCGUUGACCGGUCACAUGAACUGUGGAAGAACCUGCACCACCAGUCCCCCGUGCUGUACCCCUUUGAUCCAAUGUUGGCAACACACCCUUAUGGUGCCUUUUAUGGUGGCUUUGACCUAAACAACGCGGCUCGUAGGAAGAAUGCUACCCGGGAAACAACAAGUGCUCUGAAAGCGUGGUUAUACGAACACAGGAAGAACCCAUACCCCACCAAGGGCGAGAAAAUCAUGCUCGCCAUCAUCACCAAGAUGACCCUCACGCAGGUCAGCACGUGGUUCGCCAACGCCAGAAGGAGGCUCAAAAAGGAAAGCAAAGUUGGUUGGAGUAAAGAUAAAGAUAUCGACGAUAACGAUGACAGCGAUGUGGACGUGGAUGGCAGAGGAACAGCCGAUGAUUCUGACGAUGAAGGUAAAGAGGAACUGAUAACAGGUGUUUCUCGACAUUUCCGGGAAGAUGAGGAUGGUGAUGUCCAUGUGACGACCUCUGACCUUUCAGACAUCUCGGACACAGACGACGACAGAUGCACUCAGCCAAACCCAGAUACUACACCAAUGGGCCAAUCAAAUCAAUUGUUACUGAACUUUAAUAGAGCAGCAGCUGAAACGUCACCACUUUUUGUACCUCAUCGAUAUUUAACUACACACUCUGCAGUUUCUAGGAAUACCACAUCAAAUUCAACGUCAUCAAGCAUUAGUAAUCAAAUAAAUCCAAAGCCAAAGAUUUGGUCGAUUGCUGAAUUUGUAAAUACAUCAAGUAAAGUAACAGACAAAAGUGAAACUAGGACUGUUCAGAGCUGCGAAACUUUAUCACAACAAAGAGUGAUUCCAGCAUUAAACGACGACAGAAAACUGCCCACCGGAAGUGACGUAUCACAGGGAGAGCGAAAAUCCAAACAUACACACACAGGAGGAGAGAGUGUACAGGGGAAGGCACUCAACUUAUCUAUGGGCGAGAAAGAAAAGACACAAGAAGACCAAUCCACAUCACAACAUACAGAUUCAGAAUCCAGUAACAGAUAGCCAGGAAGGAAGAGGUACAUUGAAUGGGUGAUGCAUUGCUUAAUAGAUUACGACUACUCUGGCAAUAUCCAGGUCAUGUGGUUUGAACUCAUACGACAAGGGCGUCGUUCGUCUGGUCUCUUUGCAUGUAUUCCAUUGGUCAAUGGUGUGCUGCUUGACAUUAUGCCGCAUUAAUCGAAAUUGGAUGGGUGAAAUAUUGAACGUGUGUUAUGUUCAAUAUUUUGCCGUGAAGUUUUUACAUGUGUGCUAUCAGCUACAUCGUUAUUUUUGCUAAUUAAUGCGUGAUGGGCACGUGCUAUUUAAACGUUGGUUAAGUAAUAGUGAACAUGUGAUAUGUUACCCGUACAUACAAAUGUCAGUGUGUAUGUAUUACACGUGAAGUUUGGUAUACAUAAUUAACAGAGGUAUGGCAUUAAGCACGCGUUUUAACGGUAUUUGUAACGUAAAACACGUGUAUUAGGGAACAGGUAUUACGUUAAAUAUUUGUGACGUAAAACACGUGUAUUAGGGAACAGGUAUUAUGUUAAAUAUGUGUAAUGUGAAACACGUGUAUAAGGGAACAGGUAUUGCGUUAAAUAUGUGUAAUGUGAAACACGUGUAUUAGGGAACAGGUAUUGCGUUAAAUAUUUGUAACGCUGAACACAUAACACAAGAGAAGUGCUAACUAAAACAGACUCAGUGUGGUGGUUAAUCUAUGCACUUAUUAUAUACUCUAUUUAUUGAAUAAAUCUGUUUAUAUCAUUAU